CGCCGCCAUCAAUGCUCUCGUCAACGACGAAGACCGUGAAGCCCUCGCACGGCGGCUCAAACCUCGACUUCUUCUCCAAGUCACGUACGAAUGUCACCGUCGCAGCGCGAACGCCCGCUGUCAAUGUCAGGCAUGUGAAGCGCACAGUUCCGAUCCCACCAAAGGCCGGUGCUGUAGCCCCCAACCCCAAACCUCGACAACCCACCACGUCCUCUGCCACGACAUCUCCGUCCCCCGCACCUCCACUGAAGAAACGCAAGGCACCCGAUGCGAAGCCAGCGCUGCCCAAACAGGUUAAGCGCAUUCGCACCGAGCAUGGGUACAUCAAGAAACGCGUCGCGUCCUCGUCAAGCUCGCGCCGGAGCUCGCCAGAAACGUCCCCCGAACCCAUCUACCGCAAUAGCAGCAAGUCACGGUCAUCGUCCGUACUCCCCCCCGCGGAUGACGCUCCCCCGCCCAACCAGAACCGAGAAUGGCGCACCGAGAUGGACGGAGUGCCGGGGGAAUACAACCGGAGCUCGGAGAAAGUGGUGCAGUCCAUGGAAAAGGAUUACAAGCCUUAUUUCGACGAAUUUGGGCAAUACCGUGUGGGCUACCCGCGCAUUGAGCUUGAGUACCCAAAUAAUAAUGCGACAGAAUUCUAUCUGCCGCUCUAUCCCAAGGACCCAGAUCACUAUAAUCCCCUGAAAGAUGUGGUAGACUCGCUGCAUGUGAUCAUUGGCAUUCUCGACCCUCAACUGCAAAAAUUGUUCGGCACCCUCCCCGAAAAUGUCUUCUCAAACCUAGUAUCCCCGGAAUCAUCCCCCAAGUCCGCC